AUGACCCUUGUUCACUGCUAUAAUAAAGGGUGUGGACAAAAGUUCGACCCUGGCAAUAAUGAGGAAGGUAGGAAGGACUUCCCUUGUGGUUUAUCUUUGUUUAGGCGUACUUUUGUUUGACGAUUUGGCCAAAUUCGGUGUGAAUUCAAUGUGCAAUACGAUUUUCAAGACGUUUUAGGUACUUUCAUAUAUUUUUUCACGGAGAAAUUGUCUAAUUGGAUUUUGCACUUGUUUUGGGAUUGAAAAAUGUCUUUUUAUAGGUUUAUUCGUCUUCUUUUUCAGGUUCUUGCCGAUUCCAUCCGAAAGCUCCAUACUUCCACGAUGCCCAAAAGAUCUGGCAAUGUUGUGAUAAGAAGUCUACAGACUUUGGAACUUUUCUGAGUAUUCCUGGCUGCACAACGGGUAAACAUAGCAACCAGAAGCCAGAUGAUAUUGUACGAUUAGUCGCACAGAAAGAAAUACGACCAGAAAAAGAGGAUGAAGUUAUUGUCUGGAAUGGAUUGAAUAAACCAGCCGAAAGACCAUCAGAAAAGGGAGAAGAGCAAAGAAGUGUAGUAGAACUACCUAAGACAUCGACUGAAGGGUUGAAAGCUGCCAUUCAGAAGUUCAAGCAGGAAGUGCAGAAUGCCGAGACCGAUGAACUCAAGGUCGGUACAAAAUGUGCCAACAAUGGAUGCGAAUCAGUGAGUUUUUUAUUUACUUUUUGUUAUGCUUAGGUAACAAGAAAGAGAAUAAUUUGUUCUGUAUUCAGACAUACAAUGGCCCGGAAUCUCUGAAAGCCGAGGACUGUCAACACCAUCCUGGGCAGCCAGUCUUCCACGAAGGAAUGAAAUAUUAUGAUUGUUGUAACCGGAAGACCAGUAAUUUCUCCGCAUUCCUGGAACAGAAGGGAUGUACCAAAGGGAAACACAAUUUUACAAAGGUAGGGUCUAAUUGUUCGAAUAGGCAGGCUCUUUUAAUUCAGAUGUAUUCUGAAGUGUCUUCAUGAAAGUGGAUAAUACGCAUCGUAUUUGUUCUAUUUUUCAGGCAAGUGAACGCGUCGAUCGUAUCAAAGAAGAUUGGUUCUGUCGAAGUGGAGAGGUUCAUUUCAAUGUUUACUGUCGCGGCUCCAUUCCCGAAGAUUGUAAAUUCGAAUGUGAUGGCUACCGUCUGAAAUGCUUUAUCUCCCAUGCUUUUGGUGAAAAACAGACUGAGAUGGAAUUAGAUUUGUUCGGAAAGGUGGUCCCCGAAGAGUCCUCGGUUCUGAUUGCUGAAAGGAAAGUGGAGAUUAUCUUGAAGCAGGCUGAUAACCUCAGUUGGCCCGAGCUGCGGUAUGUUCCCGAUCUCGUCAAGGAGACCCAAACCCUAUCAGUUUGA